AUGUACUCGGUUGUAAAGAAACUAACUUUCUUGAAAUCACCGUUGAGACGGCUUCUUUUCAAGCAAGGAAAUCUUCAUGAUCGUGUCAAUCUUUUAAGGAAGAAGUUGGAUGAGAUUCAUUUGGCGAUUGAUGCUAACCCUUUGGAUAUUUCUCUAAGAGAAGCUGAAUCUAAAUGUCUUCAAGACUUUCAAUCUGCUUCGUAUGAUGAAGAAUGCUUUUUGAAACAGAAAUCUAAAGCGGAAUGGUUGGCUGCUGGUGACUCGAACACAAAAUAUUUCCAUAAUUGUGUCAAAAUGAGAAAUGCUUGCAUGAAGAUGCAUAGCAUUCAAGAUGCAUAUGGUGAUCGAUUCCAUGGUGACGAUGUGUAUGGGGUUUUGGUUUCUCACUAUUCUGAGUUUUUGGGUGUGCAGGAUCAGGUGGACUCUUUAGCAAGUGAUUUUACUUUUCCUAGUGUCUUGGAUCCGAUUGUUGCUAGUAAUAUGUUGCGUCCAGUGACUAGUGAAGAGAUUGUGGGAAAUGAGGUUACAAAAGCGAUCCGGGAUUUCUUUGAAAAUGGCAAACUUCUGCAGCAAAUUAAUCAUACAAUUAUAGCUCUUGUCCCGAAAGUGCCUAUUCCUAACACAGUGGUUGAUUACCGUCCGAUUUCGUGCUGCAAUGUGAUUUAUAAAUGCAUUAGUAAAAUCUUAACGGAUAGAAUCAAAGGUAGUUUGGAUGUGCUAGUUGAUAUCAACCAGUCGGCGUUUGUGCCGGGUAGAAAGAUCUCUGACAAUAUCUUACUGACUCAGGUGUUGAUGCACAAUUAUCACCUAAGGAUUGGCCCUCCGAGGUGUGCAUUCAAAAUUGACAUACAAAAAGCAUACGAUACGGUUAGCUGGUCUUUCCUAGAAAGUAUUCUUCGUGCAUUCGGGUUUCAUCAAAAGAUGGUGGAUUGGAUCAUGGUUUGUGUUACCACUGUGUCUUAUUCGUUGAGCAUUAAUGGUAACCUUUAUGGGUUUUUCAAAGGUAAAAGAGGGUUGCGGCAGGGGGAUCCAAUAUCGCCCUAUCUUUUUACAUUGGUGAUGGAGGUCUUAUCAUUAUUACUCAAAGAUGCAGCCACCAAAAUUAAUGCUUUCAGAUACCAUCUUCAUUGCAAAAAACAAAAGAUUAUUAAUGUCUCUUUUGCGGAUGAUUUGUUUAUGUUUGCAAAUGGCGAUUUAGCAUCGGUUAAAGUGUUAAGAGAUACGCUUCAGCAUUUCAUGAAGAUUUCGGGUCUUGUCCCUAGUAUGCCAAAGAGUACGGUUUAUUUCGGUAAUGUUCCCCAGUCGAUUAAACAUGAUAUUCUUCACAUUAUGCCAUUCAAAGAGGGUACGCUUCCUGUUCGCUAUUUGGGAGUUCCUUUAAUAUCUUCUAAACUCUCUUACAAGGAUUCCAAAAUCUUAGUUGAGAAAAUGGAGAAGAAGAUUGACAACUGGAUGACGAGAUCGUUGUCAUUUGCGGGUCGGCUGCAAUUGGUUAACUCGGUUCUUUCAGCAAUGCACAUCUAUUGGGCUACAGUUUUUCUCUUGCCAGCUAAAUUGGUGAGUGAUCUUGAAAGACGUAUGCGUGCUUUCUUAUGGACUGGUAAGUAUCUGCAGAAUGUCAAACCCAAGGUCGCUUGGAAGGUAGUGUGUCUUCCCAAAAAUGAGGGUGGGCUGGGUGUUUGUUGCAUUGCGGAUGUCAAUAAAGCUCUCAUCUCGUCUCAUAUGUGGAGUGUGUUGACCAACAGGAAGUCGCUUUGGGUUCAAUGGGUUCACAUCUAUAAACUGAAGGGUAGAAGCUUUUGGGAACUUCCGUGUAGGGGUAGUAUGACAUGGGGUUGGAGGAAAAUUCUUGCGUUACGGGAUUUGCUCCGGCCUUAUAUGUGGAAGUCUAUCGGUAAUGGCAAUAACACGAAUGUAUGGAGCGAUACUUGGUGCAAUGCUUGUCCGAUCCGAGCUUAUGUCAGCCUGAGAACUAUUGCUAAUGCAGGUUUUAACUUGCAAGCUACUGUGGCAGAUUUGGUGGAUGCUAACGGUCAUUGGAGGUGGCCGGUUGCUUGGUUCGAUUUGUUUCCUGUUUUAAUCAACAUUCACGCUCCGGUUCUUCAUGAUGCUCAAGAUCGGUUAGUGUGGAUUAAUUCUGAAGGAAAAGCAGUUCAUUUUUCUUCGUGGGAGGUAUGGAAUAAUAUCCGUCAUCGUGAAAAUAUCGUUGAUUGGUUCAAUAUGGUUUGGUUUAAACAGUGUAUUCCGAGACACUCUUUUAACUUGUGGCUGGUUAUUAGAAACAAACUUAAAACACAAGAUAGAUUGACCAUUUGGGAGGCGGGGAGUGCUACGAACUUGAACCUCAUGUGUUGCCCCUUGUGUAACCAUGGUAAGGACUCGAGGGACCAUUUGUUCUUUGAAUGCUUCUACUCUUUGGAGGUGUGGGAUAGUAUCAAGGAUAUGGCAGGUAUGGGUGAUGUAAAUGGCCGAUGGAGUGACAUAAUGGAAUGGAUGAAUGAAAACUCUAAUAUGCAACAACCGGGGUGUCAAAGGGUAACAUGGGCCUCUUCAGUUUGGUUCAGUCAAUGUAUUCCCCGACACUCUUUUCACUUGUGGUUGGUUGUAAAGAAUAAGUUGAAAACUCAAGACAGGAUGGCCGUUUGGGAAGCGGGUAGUGAUACUAAUUUACGGCUUAUGUGCUGCCCGCUUUGCAAGUAUGAUCGUGAUUCAAGAAACCACCUUUUCUUUCAAUGUGUAUAUGCUUCAGAGGUUUGGAGAUUGGUCAAGAGCUUGGUUGAUAUGGAAGAUGUAACGGACACAUGGGAUUCUAUCAUACAAUGGAUGGAUCUUAAUGCUAACUCUAGAACUAUGGAGAGUAUUAUUUGCAGGAUUGUGGUUGCGGCUUCAACUUACUUUGUUUGGCAGGAAAGGAACAGCAGAUUAUUUACUCAGAAUCAGCGAAGUGCUACUGUGCUUGCAAAGGUUAUCAUCGACACUGUUCGGCUCAAAAUUAUGGGGUUCCGAUCUGGUAGAUGUCCGAAACAACAGAAGAUCUUGGACAGGUGGUUGAUCUCGAAGAAGAACAUGGACGUUGAUCCCGGCUAG